CUGUGUCAGAUGACCCCCAAACCCUCUAAAUGUUGGUAUGAAUACUACUACUGUCAGCCGGGACCCGCUGUAUGUAGCAAUCUUAAAGAAUGUGAUCACUGUUGUCCUCUCUCUUGCUAUUAUCUACGUUAAUGGGACUCUGGUUCAUACAUUCAGAAAACAUCAGGUUUUCAACACAAAUUCUCGUUACAUCCUGUACAUUCACCUGGUAAUCAACGAUAUCAUCCUGCUCGCAAUGAUGAUCCUCCUACAAGUCCUUAGUUACAUUUUGUUCACACUCAAUGUCUCAUUUUGCAUCGUCAUGCUAAUGCUUGCCGUAUCUACAGGUCUAAACAAUCCCUUAACGCUUGCUGCCAUGGCUCUAGAGUGUUACCUGGCCAUAUGCUUCCCUCUCCGCCACCCUCAGAUCUGCACGGUCAGGAAAACUUACAUUGUGAUCACUAUGAUAUGGGUCCUAAGUUUAUUGACAAUCUUACCAGAUCUGUUCGUAAUUAUUGCCAUAAGACCUGCAGAGUACUUUCAUUCCAGUGCCUUCUGCUUGUGGGCUAAUAUUUUUACAGACCCGAUCCUUGCAAAGAAGAAAGAUGUAUCCAACAUUUUGUUUCUAGUCAUUGUUUGGCUCAUUCUUUUUUAUGCAUACUUUAAAAUACUUUUUGCUGCACAGGCCGCUUCAGUAAAUGCAAAGAAAGCAAGGAACACUGUCCUACUUCAUGGCUUUCAGCUGCUGUUAUGCAUGCUAAGCUAUAUUCGUACUAUAUCAAUACAGGGCCUGUCAAUUUUGUUUCCAAAAGAUACCCUAGCCAUUCGGUAUGUAAUUGCACUAUUGAUUGAGGUUAUGCCAAGGCUCAUCAGUCCAAUGGUUUAUGGUGUAAGGGACAAAAUGUUCAGGAAACACCUAAAACGAUACCUGUUACCUUUAAAUCCAGCCGUUCCUCCAAGAAAGGUACAAAAAAGGAUAAUAUGAAGAUAUUUCUAUUUUAAGUAUAUUUUUCAAUUCCCAGGAUAGUUUUUAGGGAGCCAUUCUUCAUUACUUCUUGUUCUAUGACAUCUAAAAGGGUGAAAUUGUGGCUACCGUAGCAGAAGUCUACGGCCCUAGUAAGAAGGCAGUUCUGUCGAUACAUGCUGAGCUACUUCACGGCUCUAAGUCUGAAGCUGCGUGGAAGAAGUUAUGGAGUGAAUUCCAUAAACACAAACCAUUUAGUUUGCAAAUAAAUUCUUCCACCAAGUUUUAGUUUUAAACUCAAUUUGGAUUCAUGACAUGACUGGCUGUGUUAAAAAAUGUUUACAAAGAACAUUAAUCAUUCCUGUUUUAUAAUUUAAGAGUAAUGCAACUAUAUAUUAGCUUAGAAUGAAAAUAAGUAAAGCAACAUGCUGAAAAAUUCAACUACUAACAGAUGAUUAGCACAAACAUUUUUACAUCCAAAAUGCACUAACCUCACAUCAAGUUAUUUUCUGCGAUAGAUUUCCAUCAUGGUAACCUGAUCUAGCCUUCAGUCCUCACUGGAAACGACGGGAGUGCUAAAAUAGCGACAGAAAACUACUCUGGAUCAUAAAAAAUAUUUUUGCAGUUUAAGCACACCUACAUAGCCCAGACAAGAUUAAGAGUUUAGGACAAUCAUGUUCUGGGUUAUAAAAGUUUAUGGUAAGAGGGAGAAAUAUCUUACAGUCCAUGUUUUUACAUUUUCUCCACUUUUUAUUGUUUCUGUUUUG